CUCCCCUUGCCCGCCGGCCGCCCCGCCCUCCUGUUCCACGCCCCCGCUCCUAGCUCCAGCUUCCCUGGGGAGACGGAUUCCAGACCCGGGAGCCCAGGAACCCGGCGCUCUGCUCCUGCCGCUGGGCUCUGCACUCUGCCUUCUGCCUUCAUCUCCCGUUUCGCGGGUAACGAGUGGAACCGGCACCAGAAUUGCCCCAAUCCCUGCCCAGUCGCGCUUAGUCCAUCCCUCCUAUAGCACAGAACAGAAAUCCCACUUUCCCGUGCAGCAUGAGCCAGGUUCCAUCAAAGAGCUCUUCCCACUGGGAGCCCCUGGAGGAUCCAAACUGUUGGCUGCCCUCCAUAGAGAGCCUCUCACUGGAUGACUUUUGGAUGGAGGUGGAGAGCAUGGAGCAGAAUGAUGAACUGAAGCCGGAAGAGGGCGGUGUCACCGAAGCCCAGAUCCCGGAGGAGGGUGAGGCAGAAGCCCAGUGGCUGCAGGACACAGGCCUGGCCGACCUCCUUGGGGCCCCCACGCCAGACAGUGAUAACAGAGUGCUCCUGUCCACACUCACAAAGACCCAGGCGGCUGCUGUGCAACGGAGGCUAGACACUUACACGCGCUCGAUGCGUAAGAAAAACAAGCCACCCAUAAGGGACGUCAGAGACAUCUUUGGCACCUUUGAUUCUGGGGAGGGGUUAGCAGAAAGAGUGGAUGCUGAAGGGAAAUGGACACAGCUAAAAUCCAGACCUGCAGAAUCCCCACCAAUGGCAGAUUAUCCAGGAUGUGUGGAACAUCCUGGCCCAGUUCCCAGCUCUGGGAAGGAGGAGAUUUUCAGCACUGAUUCUGCAUAUUCGGAGCAAGCAGCUCUUCUGCAGAAAGGAUCACUGCCCCCAGAAACCAAGUGGAUAAGGGGCAAAGGUUCACUGCCGAAGUUUAGAAUUCCUAAGGGAAGACUUGGAGUAACAAGAAUAGGAGACUUAUCACCACAAGAUAUGAAGAAGAUCCCCACGCUGGCCCUGAUUGAGCUGACGGCCCUUUGUGACAUUUUGGGACUGGACUUGAGAAGGAGCAAGGCAGGAAAAUGGAAGGCAACAGAGAAGCGGCUUUUUGGAGUUCCUCUUAGUACUCUGUUGGAGACUGAUCAGAAAGUUGUCCCCAACACACAAGUGCCUUUGAUUCUACAAGCUUUGCUGUCCUGUUUAGAGAAGAGAGGGUUAGACACCGAAGGGAUCCUGAGAGUAUCUGGCUCCCAGACCAGAAUUAAGAGUUUGGAGCAGAAGCUAGAGAGAGAGUUCUAUGCAGGCCUCUUCAACUGGGAUGAGGUCCAUCAAAAUGAUGCAUCAGGUUUGCUGAAGAGGUUCAUCCGAGAACUGCCUACUCCACUGCUCACAGCUGAGUACCUGCCUGCCUUCACCGUGGUACAGAAUAUCCCAGACCUGAAGCAACGACUGCAGGCUCUGAAUCUGCUCAUCUUGAUUCUUCCUGAAGCUAACAGAAACACUUUGAAGGCCCUGCUGGAAUUUCUCAGGAAGGUAGUUGCCCGAGAGAAGAACAACAAAAUGACUUUAUGGAAUGUUUCCAUGGUGAUGGCACCAAAUCUCUUCAUGCAUAAAGGGCAGCCUCACAGAAUCCCAGAGGGAAAGGGGAAGCAGCUGGCCGAGAGUGCUGCCGAUGUCGUCCGGGCCAUGAUCCAUUACCAGGACCUUCUGUGGACUGUCUCCUCCUUCUUGGUGGCCCAAGUCCGGAAACUGAACGAGAACAGCGGCUGGAGGCAUCAGUUCUACGACAGACGGAUCAAGAACUUCCUUAAGAAGAUUCACACAGACAAGGACAAGGCGAACAAGACCCCCGGAGAGCCAUCCAAAGUGGUGAAAAUCCAGGCCGCUCUGCUCCUAAAGGACUGUUUAGAGGUGCAUCUACACAAUAGCACCAAAGCUGCUGAUGUGCUUAAGCAGUUCCAGAGACACCUCUGCUCCAACAGCUGGAAUGUCAUGAAGACAGUCAACCUAAUCCAAUGUAAUGGGCCUGUUGAAUCAUCAAACCUGCUCCUUUAUGAAGUCGGCGGGAACAUAAGUGAACAUUGCCUGGAUCCAGACACUUACCUCUUAGACCUGUACCACACCAACCCUCAUGGGGAGUGGGUCAUCAAACAAAGCCCCACCUUACCCCGGACACUUUAGGAGAGUUACCAAGUUUAUGCCCUAGGGUCAGAAAGAAAGAAGAGCAGCAGGAAGAAUGUUUUUUUCCUUUUGAGCAUUUCCCCCAUCCGGUGCCUUUAGCUGGGAGAUGUGCAGAAUUCAGCCUGAAGGUGGGCAGAGACGUGGAAGCCACAGAUCACUUCAUGUUUCAAAGAACCCAGCUGAUCAGCAGCACAGUGCCUACCCCUAGUGAUGCGUGAAUAACCCAUCUAGGUGGGCAGACAUUCUCCUAUACAGCAUUCCAGCUAAUGGUUGCCCAGAAACCAAACUGGCAGUGAAAUCCUUGCCCAUUCUUGGGUAGUGACUCAGAGAGAGAGGAAAAAAAAAACAAGGUCCUAGAAACUGCAAUCCUGAAAGAAAAGUAUGCAGCUGAGAAAGGCAUUCCCAUUUUGGAAAGCUUUGUGGCUACUGGUGAUGAGAACAGCUUCUUCAUGUUUUCUUCAAGUUCUCUGCUCUGUACAGAGAAGAAAUGCUGCUUCUCAGGGAUGCAGCAGAAUCUUUCUAAGGCAAAAGAGCUCAAUCAAUCCAUCCAUCCUAUCCUCAAGAUGAGGAUGUGGGCUGUUACCCUUGUCACUCACUUCCUUAGCUGCCUGCUCUGACUUUCCAAAGUGAUUUUGUCCUUUUUAUUCAUUUGACUGUGGCCUCACUCCUCUCAGAGUCACCGUUGGUCAUUGUCCAGAAAUCAAGCUGAGUAUUAGGGGUCUUUGAAGAUGUAUAUAUUUUGACCCUUUCUUGCCAGUUCAAUGACCCAGUAUUACUUCUUGCUUAAGAAGCAUCCAGUGGCUUAACUUUUAAAAAUGUGUGUGGUAUGAAGUCUGAUGCCUUUAUUGGAAAUCCCUUCUCCAUAUGUAAGAUUUGCUGAUAGAAGAGUGCCUAGGGAGUCUUUUCUACUCUGACCCCACUGAUGACUCUUGGAGAUGUCCAAUGCCCUGAGCCAUAUUGCUGUUCCUCUCCCAUUGGUCUUACCAGUAUUUUGGAGACAAUGUCUUUGGUCUCUGUCUCAGCACUGUGUACAUAUUGAUAGUUACAUAAACACAUUUUGCAAAAUGUAGUGAAUGAAACAAAGCCAGACAGUUGCAUUGCCUGGGCAAUGUGAUCUUCACACCUUUCUGAUGUGGUUGAAAAAGUCAAAGUGGUCACAUUACAGUGCUGACUCUGGCUAUCUCCCAGAUGGAGGUGGAGACCUUGCCCAUGCGAGGGACAAUAGAAAAAGCCCAUCCUCCCCAGCACAGUUGAGGUGGGGCAGGACUCUACUGUCCCCCUUCAUUGUCCUCAGAUGUGACUGGGGCUGCAUCUGUGCCUGACUGCCCUGGCUUCUAGCCAUGAUCAGGGAGGCAAAAAGGAGACAUUGUUCUCCGACCUCAGUGUAUACAGUUGCAACAUCCCACACCGUUGUGAGAGGCAAGAAGUAGCAGACUGGUCUGAAACCAAAACAAGAAUGGUUAGGAUGCAGCUCCGUACCCUAGGGUUUCUUCCUGAGCGGCCCUAUUUACCAGAACAGAAUGGGCUCGACUUUUGACUUUUCCUCUUGGCUCCUUGAACAUCUGCGAUGCCUUCUAACUACCCUGCCUCCUCCCCAAUAUGGAUCAGUGCUGCUUGCUCCAGACAAUCGAGCAUCCAUGUGCUGUGAUCUUGCCAUGCUGAGAAUCUCUUUGGUACUUCUGGGCCUCCAUGAGUUUUAUCACUGUCCUUUGGGUUUAACUGUAGAUUGUGGCCAAGAGAGAUGGGAACAUAGAACUUCAGUAGCUCAGUUUUUUUUUUUUAGGGAAAUUGCUGUGAAUUUGACAUGUGAUAAUGGUGCAGUAGCUGGGUUGGGAUUCAAGACCCAUACAACGUUUGGCAAGUCCCUUGACCUCUCUGGAUCUCGAUUCUUCCUUUGUAAGUGGAGUUUGGGUGGGGUAGGGGUGGUGCUAGAUGAUCUCUGAGGUCCCUUGCAACCCUCCCUUGACUUCAAAUCAUGGAGCAGAGAUAGAGCCCAUCCUUGGGACUGAGAUUCAAGGGAAAGGUGGUGCCGGCAGUGUCAGCACUGAUAGUGGUCAUAAGACUAUGGGAUUUGGUGGUGAAAGAUCAUUCCAUCCAAGGUCUUCAUUUUUUAUAAAUGAAGAAACAGAAGCCCAAAAAAGUGGGGUGACUUGCCCAGGCUUGCAGAGACAAGAUUAGCACCCAGGUCUUGUGAUUCCUAGGGGCUCUUUCCAUGACCUCACACAGGUGUUCCAGCCAUCUUUUAUUUCCUUGCUUGGCAGGGGAGAAGAAAAAGAAGAGGUUGAAACACUACAAGUUCUUGGUUUUAAGUAUUGAAUUUAUUAUCUUUUCAUUUUUUAAAGUUAUAUUUAAAAUUAGUAUCAAUAAUAAAGAUAUAGAAAAGUUUAAA